UAUUCUUAAAAAAUUGCAAAAUCAAUCAAAUAAAUUUAUUAAACUUUCUUCCCCUUUCCACUGAUAUAUUCUGCUCCAGUCAAUCUUAAGAUUCAUAAAUUCAAGCCAGUAACCAAUCUCACUCUCUCUGUGUAUGCCAACAUGAAAGCUACAAAAGCAGCCGCAACUAAAAAAACACCGGCGGGAAGGAAACCUGCCGCUGCCAAAGCCGCUCCUGAUUCUGCCACAGAGGAGACACCGGUUCCAAAAACCCCAGGCAACGCCAAGCAGACACAAAAUAACGACAUGACACCGUUGCCAAUUACCGGUUCUGAUUCAAAACUUGAACAAUCACCAGUUGAAGGAACAAAUGUACAUAUGGACGUGAGCAUGGCGACGCUGGAUACUACGAAGCCACUUCCGAUUAAGAAGAAGGUUGUGAGGAGAGUGGUGAAGGUGGUGAAGAAAACUUCUGCCAAUGCAAAAGUUCUUUCAGAACAAGCACCAAAAACUGUGAUUGCCACAAAGUCUAAGGUUGAAGAAAGCUCAAAGGACGAGGAACUUGCUGCUGAGAAUGUUGGAGAAUCCUUAAAGAAGGAAGAAGUUACGAUGAAAGUGGAAAAUACUAAGGUUGAAAGUGUUGCUGUCUCUGUAAAGGAGGAGGAAGGUGUGGAAGAGCCUGUACUCGAUUCUAGCAAGGAUGAUGGAGCUAUUAGUGAUUUGGUUUGGGACUCUGUGACAAAGAAACAAACUGCUGUGGAAGAGCUUGUGAAAGUAUCUAGGAAUGGAGAACCUGACAAUGGGGGAAAGGGGGUGGAUGUUAAGGAGGAUGAGAGGCAAGACAUGGAUGAUGAAGUAAAGCCCAUAAACGAGGCUGUUAAGAUGGAAGAGACUUUGAAGGAUGAGGAUCGGAGAGAAGAGGCGCAGCCCGAGCAAGAUGAGUAUGGUGGGGAUGAUGGAUAUGAGGAGUAUGGAGAUCGAGUGGAUUUUGAAGAUCCUGGUGAGGAUGACUUUGAAGAUCCAGAUGAGCCUGCUGAGGAAGCUGAUGCAAUGGAAGACGAACGCAGGGAACUAACAGCUGUUGCUAAGGAGCGUAAGAUUAAGAAAGAGUAUGAGAUAUUUGUUGGUGGGUUGGAUAGGGAUGCUACUGAGGAGGAUUUGAGAAAGGUUUUUGAGAAGAUUGGUGAAGUGGUUGAAGUUCGAUUACACAAGAAUCUUUCAACGAAUAGGAAUAAAGGAUACGCGUUUGUGAAAUUUGCAAGCAAGGAGCAUGUGAAGCGCGCUUUGUCAGAAAUGAAAAACCCUGUGAUUCGUGGAAAGCGAUGUGGGACAGCACCAAGUGAGGACAAUGAUACAUUGUUCUUGGGAAAUAUAUGCAACACAUGGACAAAGGAAGCUAUAAGGCAAAAGUUGAAGGAUUAUGGUGUUGAAGGUGUUGAGAACAUCACUGUUGUCUCAGAUGCUCAACAUGAAGGGAGAAGUCGUGGUUUUGCAUUUCUUGAGUUCGCUUGUCAUGCUGAUGCAAUGCUUGCAUACAAGAGGCUUCAGAAGCCUGAUGUUGUAUUUGGCCAUCCAGAGAGAACUGCUAAAGUGGCAUUUGCUGAACCUAUACGUGAGCCUGACCCUGAAAUUAUGGCUCAGGUUAAGACUAUAUUUCUCGAUGGCCUUCCCCCACACUGGGAUGAAGACCGUGUUAGGGAGUGCUUGAAAGGUUAUGGAGAGAUUGUGAGAGUUGUCCUAGCACGAAAUAUGUCAACUGCCAAGAGAAAGGAUUUUGGAUUUGUUGAUUUCUCUACGCAUGAUGCUGCUGUUGCUUGUAUUGAGGGAAUAAAUAAUAGAGAAUUUGGUAAUGGUAACACAAAGACGAGAGUUAAAGCAAGGCUGUCAAAUCCAUUGCCGAAAACUCAGGCUGUGAAGGGUGGAAUGUGUGGUGGCUUUCGAAUUGGUCAUUCUGGAAGUGGAAACUUUUCAAGAUUUGGAAGGGGUUUUGGGCGUGGUGGACAUCACUCCAACUGGGCAAAUUUCCAACGUGGCAGGGGUUUCUAUCAACGAGGACGUGGUCAAACUAGUAGAAUGGUUCCUCAUGAGUAUGACUAUAAUGAUCGAUAUGACAUGCUUCAUGGGAGGCAAGGAGGGAGAAGGGGUACUUUCAGAGGAGGUUAUCACACAGCUGGUAGAGGUAUGACUGCUGGGCCAUCAAGAUCUAACAUGAAUAGAGCUUGGCAUGAUAUCCCUGAGCGAGGACACAGGGACCAUGUUUCUUCAAGGAGGCAACCAUUUUCUCCUGAAGAAACCUUUGACCGACGUUUUGUUGGAAGGCACUUUGAUGACCCCUAUUUUUAUGAUGAUGUACCACAUGGGAUGAAGCGACCAUUUUACAUGACUGACCAAGAUCCUGAUUACAUGGAACCUAGUAGGCUUCGACCCCGGUUAGAUUACUCUGAUCCUCGGUUAGAUUAUGCUGAUCCAGCAGCUUCAUUUCGUGGGACACAUUAUCGUGAUGCAUAUGGAGCAGGCAGUGAACCCUACUUUCAUGAAUAUCGUGGUUCUGAUUAUGCUUCAUAUCCACCUUAUUAUGGGAGCGACCAUUCAUAUGGCGGUGGUUACCGCUAUUAGGCACAGUCAAAUCUGGUGGGCUUGGAAAAGCAGGACGCUAAACAUUGAUGAUAGGCAAAUGGCUUGGUGUUCAGAAACUAGUUGAAGUUGCCUUUACUCUAUCUUUUCCAUGUCUUGUAUUUUUCCUUGUGAUUCCCUUCAAAUUCUCUCCCUGUGAAAAUGUUCGGUGCAGUAUCCGGAGACUUUUUGUCUAGUUUAGGGUAUAUCUUCAAAGGGCAUAGAUUAAGCAAGUAAAAUACUCUCUAUAUUUUGGAGAUUGGAAUAGAUAUUUAUCCCUUUGAUCUAGGCAUGAACUGCUUGAGGACGUACAUUAUGGGAUUGUUCUAUAGUUUAGUUUUUGGUUGUGUUUA